UUAUGUGCAUUUUAAUGCUGUGCAAGUGGCAGAGGUUUUUAGAAGCACGUCUCAUUUUCAUUCUGGAUUAGUUAUUAUUGUGUUGAAUAAGUGUGGAAUAUGGACAGUAAUUCUGACGAAUCAGAUUAUAACGAUAGCGAUGCAGAGUUGCAAGAAGCAUUUUCAAAGGGCCUCUUAAAGCCUGGAUUAAACCUAGUUGAAAAGGCUCCUAAAACUUGUGUAAAUAAUAGUGGAUUGAAGCAAAAGUUAAAUGAAAUUAAAUUAAACCUUGAUUGGGUUGAACGAUUAGAUUGUACCAACAAAGAAGCUCCCUUGGCACCAGAGUUAGCUGCACAAAUAUUACAACAAGAACAAAAGAGAGAAAAUGAAAUAAGAAAUAAUAAAAAAUUGCCUCAAGUUCCACUUAGUGAAGACCCUGUUCUAAAUGAUUUUAAGAGAGAAAUGAUGUUUUUUAGACAAGGUCAAGCUACAGUGUUGGAAGCCAUUCCACGUUUAAAAGCACUUAAUAUUCCAACAAAAAGGCCAGAUGAUUACUUUGCUGAAAUGGCAAAAACUGAUGAGCACAUGCAGAGAAUUCGUGAAAAUUUAAUGAAAAAGCAAAUGCAACAACAGAGAAGUGAAAAGGUCAAACAGUUGAGGGCCCAAAAGAAGGAAGGCAAAGCUCUUCAGGUUCAAGCAAAACUGCAAAGGCAGGAAAGGAAGAAACAAAUUUUAGAACAUGUUAAGAAAGUCCGCAAAGGUGUUCUCAAAGAUUUGGAUUUUGAUGAUAAUAAAAACAAUAAUAAGAACUACAAAAAUAAUGUAAACAGUAAAAGAAAGUAUAAGGACAUUAAAUAUGGUAAUAAAAGAGGAAAUAGUAAUAUGAAAAACACAAAAAAAGUGUUUUACAAAAAACGAAAGAACAAAAAUAAAAAACAGAAGUAGUUUUUAUGCUGUGUAUUUUUUAUCAAUAAAAUAUUUUUACAUUUAUUAAUAAUUAGUAAUCUAUUUAGAUAAACAUUAUGGCAGUACAUUUU